AUGUCCGACGCCCCCCAAGACACCCUUCCCGAAACUUUCGAGAUACCCAGUAAUAAGAUUAUCUACAAUCAGAUCCGCGCCAGCAUGAAGAUUUUAGGAGAACAACCAGAACCCCAAGGCCUCAAUUUCACUGUGCGAGCAAGAGUUGAGGCUGAGAUCGAGACUGAGAGGAAAUUGGUCGUGGAAGCGCGGAAGCGGCUGGAGCGCGCUGAGGAACGUUGGCACCUUGAGCAGGACAGAUCUAUUUAUGCGAAUGCGGAGAAGGGUAGAAAGAUUAGCGGCUUAUGUGCGCUGAUGGACAAGAUUAAAGAGGUUAUGCCGGAGGAUGCAUGGGCAGAUGUUGGGGAGGCGAGUGAAGAACAUGAUGACAGCUCUGAUAGUAGCUAA